AUGUCUAGCUUUGGAAGUCCCGGAGAUUUAGGUUUGGGGAGUACUUCCUUUGUUCAGCCACACAAUUAUCAAUUUGGAACAGCAACUUCCGGCUCCUUCCAAUCAUCUGACGAUUAUCUUUCUGUUAGCAUGGAUGUCAGCGCUUUUGCUCCAGAGGACUUGAAGGUGUCAAUUGUUGGAAAUCAAUUAGUCGUGGAAGGCAAACAUGGAGAAAAAUCAGACGCCCUUGGAAGCAUUGAGCGCCACUUUAUCCGCAAAUUUACAUUGCCAAGGAAUGCCCAUCCAGACCUCGUUCAGAGCAAUUUGACAGCUGAUGGUCAUCUCACUGUAACUGCUAGUGCUCCAAAAAUUAAAGAAACCUCACCAGGCCGCACAAUUCCAAUCAAAAUUGUCAACACAAACACAACUGGAUCAUCAUUCGGACAACAACCAUCAACUUGUAAGAAUUAA